AAAACACCAAUCUUAGAUUUUGUAUUGCACUAGUAAACAUGAAAGAUCAAAUUAUUCAUAAAAUUCAUGAAUAAUAUGUUGUUUUGCUGAGUUGGUCUUUAUCCCCAUUUGACUAUGCCUCAGCCGGCCUACUUUUAUUUCCAUAAGAUUUCAGAAAUUUCCUUCACUAGAGGUCCUAUAAACAUAGCUUCCAAUUAGUUAGUAAAAAAAGUCACAGCCAUUGGAUUGUAUUGCACUCAACUCUCACAACAAUGAGAUCCAACUUUAUAGUUUCUUGCUGAUAGAAGCGUCUCAAUCGAUGAAUUGUGGAAGAUUUGAUUGUAUUUUCUGCAAAUGGGUAUCAGAAACAGAUUUGCUUGUGUUUUUCUUUCAUUCUCAUUGUUCUUGUUUUUCUUAAUGGUUCCAUCAGAGUCUGCAACCGAUACCAUAACUCAGUCCCAACCAAUGUCUAUAGCACAAACUCUAAUUUCUUCGGGACAAGUCUUUGAGUUAGGCUUCUUCACUCCCGGAAAUUCUAGUAACCUAUAUAUAGGAAUAUGGUACAAGAACAUACCUGCCCGAAGAGUCUUGUGGGUAUUAAACAGAGAGAACCCAAUUCCAGCCUCAGACAAUGCCUCAAGUCUCACAAUUGGCAGUGACGGAAAUCUGAGACUAUUAGAUGGCAAGAGAAACACUGUCUGGUCUACAAAUGUAUCUGUUCCUUCAAACAAGACAAUUGCAGUGCUUUCAGACAAUGGAGACUUUGUUUUGGAAGAUAAUGCCACGGGUUGGAUCUCAUGGGAAAGUUUCAAGUACCCUUCUGAUACUUUUUUGUCCGGGAUGAUGAUUGGAUUUAACAACAAUACGGGUGAGAAACGAUUCUUGUCUUCUUGGAAGACCGAUGAUAACCCAUCACCUUCAAAGUACGUACUUGGACUUACACAAGAUGCACCGCCACAGGUUAUUUUUUGGAACGAUUCUAAGCCAACUUGGAUCGGUGGUCCAUGGGAUGGAUGGAAGUUCAUAGGUAUACCGGAUAGGGGACAGGGCUAUUCUAAUGGACUCAAUGUCAUUCAAGAUACUCAGCAGCAAAGCGUGUUUCUCUCAUUCAACAUGUAUAACACUUCUGGUGUAACCAUUAUAGUUGUCACACCAGAAGGAAUUGUGAAGACAAUGGUAUGGGUUGAACAAACAAAGAGUUGGUAUGUUAAUUGGGUGGCACCGGCGAAUCCAUGUGAUGUCUACGGAUAUUGUGGACCAAACGGGGUUUGCAACAAGAACGGAUCUUCAAUUUGUCAGUGCUUAAAAGGGUUUGUACCCAAUUCGAUUGAGGAUUGGAGGAAUGGAAAUUGGACAGGUGGGUGCGUGAGGCGAACAGAACUGCUAUGCCAAAUGAAUGUUACUAGCUUAGCAUCAGGAAAAGCUAAAAAUGAUGGGUUUUUGAAGCUGAGCGGGUUGAAGCUUCCCGAUCAUUUUGUGUAUAUGUAUAAUCAGGAUUCCUCAGGUUGCCAACAAUGGUGCUUGAGUAAUUGCUCUUGUGUGGCAUAUGCAAUUGUGACUGGAAUUGGGUGUAUGGUUUGGGUUGGAAGCCUUUUGGAUAUUCAACAGUUUGCAAUAGUAGAUGGGGACGAUCUUUUCCUCCGCCUUGCAUAUGCAGAUUUGGGUGAAAAUCAUGAGAGAAAAAAAGUAAUAAUCGUUGUCAGCAUAACGACAAUUUCUGUGCUUCUGCUCUUUGGUGUCUUCUUGUUUAGUUUGUGCCGCUGGUGGAGAUGCAACCAUAGAGUAAAGAGAAGCAGUAAGGUAAAAAGCUCGGCUUUGAUCACUACAAGAGACACUUCACAAGAUAGUAUCUGGGGGAAUCAUGCGACCCAUUUGGAGUUAUCAGAGCUACCAAUGAUUGACUUUGAUAAAAUAUUAGUCGCUACUGAUAACUUCAGCGGAGCAAACAAACUUGGAGAAGGAGGAUUUGGACCAGUCUAUAAGGGAAAGCUAGAAGAUGGGCAAAAAGUAGCAGUGAAAAGACUUUCUAGUCAUUCAGGACAAGGCGCGGAAGAGUUCAAGAAUGAGAUCAUAUUAAUCUCCAAACUACGACACAGGAAUCUUGUUAGGCUCUUGGGUUGCUGCAUCGAAGGGGAUGAGAAGUUAUUGGUUUAUGAGUACCUGACAAAUAGAAGCUUGGACACAUUUCUCUUCGAGAAAAGAGAGCAGCUUGAUUGGGCUAAACGCUUCCACAUUAUUCAGGGUAUUGCCAGAGGGCUACUCUAUCUCCAUCGUGAUUCGUGUUUAAGGGUUAUUCACAGAGAUUUGAAGGCCAGCAAUAUUCUCUUGGAUGACAAUAUGAACCCAAAAAUUUCAGACUUUGGGUUGGCACGGACUUUUCAAUUGACACAAGAACUGGCUAACACUCAUAGGGUGAUGGGAACAUUUGGCUACAUGUCUCCUGAGUAUGCAAUGGAAGGGCUUUUUUCAGAAAAAUCAGAUGUCUUUAGCUUUGGUGUUUUGCUACUAGAGAUUGUUAAUGGCACGAGGAGUACCAGUUUACAUCAUUAUGAUGAAAAACAUCAUAACCUCCUUGGUUAUGCAUGGCAAAUGUGGAACGAAAGCAGGUCGUUAGACUUAGUGGAUGAAGCAUUGGCCGACUCGUGUUCCCAUUCAGAAGUAGUAAAAUGCAUACAUAUUGGACUUCUUUGUGUUCAAGAUCACGCUACGGAUAGGCCAACCAUGUCUACUGUAGUUCUUAUGCUAAGCAGUGAAAUGGAAAUUCCGCUACCAAAACAACCUGCAUUUACUAUUCAAAGUUUGUUGGACUCUGAUCUUCGGUCACAAUGCAACAAUAUAUGUUCCACGAAUGGCGACAUCAUAUCAACUAUUGAAGGGCGAUAACCACUCACUAAAUUAUACUUUGCAUAAGUUGGUAUAAGACCGAGGAUUUGCCUGCCAUGAGGAGUGACGAGCAAAUUUAGCAUACUUCUCAAUGACGGAGUUUGUGCAGCUCAUAAGAAGUUUUAGACAAAAAUUGUGAUAGUAACGGGUGUAGCAUCUGAUAUUUCACUCACGAUCAACCUGUUCAUAGACACGUUCAUUCUCAUUGAUAUAUGAAAAUUGCCUAAAUUUAGUGGUUGUGUUUA